GAGGGAUAAUUCCGUAAAUUCGCAUCACCAACUCUCCUCUGCUACAAAGUCUUUCUCUCGUCUCCUCUCACCAGCAAAACCCUUCUUGUCUCUCAUUUCCUCACUGCAAUUCGGAGCUUGACUCGGCCGUCGAUGGCGGCUUCGGAGGACUCCAACCAAUCGAAGAUUCGGGCUGUCUUUGGGAGUGUUCUCUCGUUCUUUAUUCUCAUUCUGAUCGGAGUUCUCGCAUUCUCGAUCCGUCUAUUCUCCGUUAUAAAGUAUGAGAGUGUUAUUCACGAGUUCGAUCCUUAUUUCAAUUAUAGAGUCACUCAGUUUCUCACAAAGAACGGAAUAUAUGACUUUUGGAACUGGUUUGAUGAUCGAACCUGGUAUCCUCUUGGUCGUGUGAUUGGUGGCACUGUUUACCCAGGAUUGACCUUAACAGCAGGCUCCAUAUGGUGGUUAUUGAAUUCCUUGAAUAUUCCUCUAUCUGUUGAAACUGUCUGUGUGUUUACUGCACCUAUAUUUUCUGCUAAUGCUGCAUGGGCAACUUAUCUUCUGACCAAGGAAGUUAAGGGCACUGGUGCUGGACUCACAGCUGCAGCUCUUCUGGCCAUGGUACCAUCAUACAUAUCCCGAUCUGUGGCUGGUAGCUAUGAUAAUGAAGCUGUGGCUAUAUUUGCUCUGAUCUUCACUUUCUAUCUUUAUAUUAAGACGCUAAAUACAGGAUCCCUCUUUUAUGCUACUUUGAAUGCCAUAACAUACUUCUACAUGGUUUGCUCUUGGGGAGGAUACACUUUUAUUAUCAACCUUAUUCCAAUGCAUGUGCUUCUUUGCAUAGUAACUGGUCGCUAUUCUUCUCGACUUUACAUUGCGUAUGCUCCUCUUGUUGUGUUGGGAACAUUGUUAGCAGCUUUGGUGCCUGUUGUUGGUUUCAAUGCAGUAAUGACAUCAGAACAUUUUGCAUCAUUUCUGGUUUUCAUUAUCAUCCAUGUGGUAGCUCUUGUGUAUUAUAUCAAAGGAAUUCUAUCUCCAAAAAUGUUUAAAGUAGCUGUUACGCUUGUUGUAUCCGUUGGCCUGGUGGUGUGUUGUGCUGUGGUAGCAGUACUUAUAGCACUGGUAGCUUCCAGCCCAACAAAGGGAUGGAGUGGACGAAGUUUGAGUCUCCUUGAUCCAACUUAUGCAAGCAAGUAUAUACCAAUUAUUGCCAGUGUUAGUGAACAUCAACCACCUACUUGGCCAUCUUACUUUAUGGACAUUAAUGUUUUGGCAUUUUUGGUUCCAGCUGGCAUUGUUGCAUGCUUUUUGCCACUAUCUGAUGCAAGCUCCUUUGUUGUUCUUUACAUAGUGACAUCUGUAUAUUUUUCUGGAGUCAUGGUGCGCCUUAUGCUUGUACUAGCUCCUGCAGCAUGCAUAUUAUCUGGAAUUGCUCUUUCUGAAGCAUUUGAUGUUCUUACUCGAUCGAUCAAAUUUCAGUUACCUGGAUUAUCAGAAAAUUCCCAGAUUGAUGCAGGGGAUACUACCUCUAGUAGUGUUGUGACACAAAAUGAUGCAGCCAAGACCAAUAAAAAUGAAGACACACUAAAGGAGCGACCCUCGAGAAAGAACAGGAAGAAGGAAAAGGAACAUGUGGAAAAGACUUCCAUUAAGUCUCAAAUUAAAAAGAGGCUACUGGUUUUACCUCUGGAGGCAUCUGUUGCUGCUAUUUUCUUGCUUGUAUUGCUGGGUGCCUUCUAUGUGGUUCAUUGUGUUUGGGCAGCUGCGGAAGCUUACUCAGCCCCUUCUAUUGUUUUAACAUCUCAUUCUCAUGAUGGCCUUCACGUUUUUGAUGAUUUUAGAGAGGCUUAUGCAUGGUUACGACACAAUACUGAGGUGGAUGAUAAAGUUGCAUCUUGGUGGGACUAUGGUUACCAAACUACUGCUAUGGCUAACCGGACUGUUAUUGUGGACAAUAAUACCUGGAAUAACACUCAUAUUGCAACUGUUGGCACUGCCAUGUCUUCUCCUGAAAAGGCAGCUUGGGAAAUUUUUAACUCCUUGGAUGUAAAAUAUGUUCUUGUUGUCUUCGGAGGUCUUGUUGGAUAUCCGAGUGAUGACAUUAAUAAGUUCCUGUGGAUGGUUCGCAUAGGAGGGGGGGUAUUCCCCCACAUCAGGGAACCUGAUUAUCUGAGAGAUGGACAGUACCGGAUUGAUUCUCAAGCCACUCCUACCAUGCUAAAUUGCCUCAUGUACAAACUGUCAUAUUUCAGAUUUGUGGAGACAGAUGGUAAAGGCUUUGAUCGAGUAAGGCGGACUGAAAUUGGGAAGAAAUAUUUCAAACUCACCCAUUUUGAGGAGGUGUUCACUACUCACCAUUGGAUGGUUCGGAUAUACAAACUAAAGCCUCCGAAGAACAGGAUCCGUGUAAAAACAAAGAAAUCAAAAUCGAAAGCAAGCUCCACAACCAGCUCAAAAAGAAGUGGAAAAAGAAAGAAGAAUCCCUGGCAAUGAAAGGCACUUUCAGAAGCUGCUGUCUCCAAUUAGUUACUUGGAACCCACAUAUUUAAUAUGCUUGAGCCCCUAGAGAGCUAGUGCACCAGCAUUAUUAGCCAUUUUUCUUAUAGAAAAGCAAACGUAUCAAUCAAAGAUUUUGUAGUCUUUUCCCAUCGUGAACUUUUUUGGCUCGCACCCUUAACAUAUGACGAAAGAAUGCAUUGAUCAAUUUUGGAACA